AUGUCUAAAACUCUAAAAUCCAUAGGUGUAGAAUUUUUGACAUUUCCAAAAGCAAGAUAGGAUGAGGCGAUCCAUUAAUAAACAAUUUUAAGAUUGAAUUCUUUUCUAAGUUUUGAAAAUGAGAUCUUUAAUUGGAACAAUAUCAUAGCAAAACCAGAUCUAUUGGAGAUUAAGAUGAAAAAGCCAAUGUAAUACCUUAAUCCAGAAUUAAUCGAGGACGAUCUAUUGUAAAACGAUGCUUAAUGGCCUGUAAAUUAAAAUUAAUAUUACCUAGUUUGCAGAUAACUCUUUAUUUCUCUUCAAAUCGGAUAACCCCUUCCGAUUGAGUUUAUAUAAAUCAUUUAACGAAAAGUUAUUCCUUCAAGUUAUUCGAAUAAUCACAUUUUUGAAUAUAAUAGCAGUUUGCCUGUAUGAUUAUUAAUCAAGAAUUAACUUAGAAGAUGACAAUAGAAAUAGAAUUUCAAUAACCUUAGAGAUAUUUUGCAACAUCAUUUUUGGCUUAGAAUGUCUUGGAUCAAUAAUAAUAAAGGGUUUUGUAUUAGGAAAAAAUGCGUAUUUAAAAUCUUGGUGGAAUGUUGUAAACUUCCUUACUUUUAUUGCUACAUGGUCAAUAUUGGGAGACAUCAAAAGUGAAAAUCAAUUGAUUCACAUUCUGAGAGUUAUACGAUUAUUUAGGACCUUGCGUUUGAUAUAGGAUUCCAAAAUUUUAAAGAAACAAUUUGAUGCAUUCAUCGGAAGUUUUUCUAGAUUGGGUCCAAUUUUAAUACCUUUGCUUUUCGUAGUUCUAUACUAUAGCAUAAUCGGUCUUCAUUUAUUUAUGGGGGUUACAGAAUAUAGAUGUAGGGAGACUCCUGAACCAGUUAAUGAGGAGUGGAGAGCUGUAGAUGAUAUAAAAUUCUUAUGCGGCAUUUGGGAAUGCUCGGAUAAUUCAUAUUGCGGAUCAUUAGCAGAUUAUAAUCUACCUAGAAAUAUGACAGAAAAUGUGAUUGAAUAAUUUGGCUUUGGGUUUAUUCGUUUUGAUGAUUUCUUUUACUCUUUAUUUGUAGUAUUUACAUUCUUAAAUGUCACAGGAUGGUCAGGGACAACAUUUAUGUUUUGGAGAGCAAUGACCACUUAUAUUACUGCAUUUUAUUUCGUAUCUUUAAUUUUCAUAUUGUAAAUAUAAUAUCAUUUAUUGUAGGGCAUAUCUUUUAUCAAAUUUGCUAUUGGCUUCAUUUUAUGAAUCAUUUUUAGUAUUGAGUACAAUAAAGUAAAAUAAAAGCAUUGAUAAUGAGAAGGAAGUAAUAGAAAAUGAAAUAAUGAAAAAGAAAUAACAACAAAUAAUGACUAGAUUAGCUUAAAUAAAUGAAUAGAAAUCAAAAAAAAGAAAUUCCAAAAAGAAAUAUUAAAUAUCUUUAUAUUAUUAAGAUGAGGAGGAUUAACAAACAUUCUUAUCAGAACACUUCUAGAAGUUCUUAAACAUUUCAACCAUAAUAGCCAAGUCAAAUACUUUUAAAUAUAUAAAUUGUUUUGUAAUAAUUGUAUCAGCUAUAGUAAUUGUUUCUGAUCAUCAUGGAAUAAGUAAAACAAAGUAAGUUUAUUCAUGAUAUUUUAAGCUAUGAAAGUCUUAUGAUUUUAGAUUUCAUAUGUAUCCUCUAUUUUAUAUUUGAAUUCUUUAUAUCAUUAUGGGGUAAUGGAUUAGCUGAACAAUUUAAAGAAAUCAUUGAUGUAUUUGAUUCACUUGUAAUUUUGACUUAAAUUAUUUUGAUUGUUGUCUUAUUUUUUUUUGAUGAGUCAAUAAUUAUUAAUACAAAUAGAUACAUUAAUUUAGUAAAGGCAUUCAAAAUGCUUCGUUUAGUAAAUUAUUAAUUAAAAUUAGAUCAAAUUACUCUAUAUCGCAAGAAUUUUCUACUCAAUUAGUGUGUUAGCAAGAUGUUUAAUUUAGACUCUCUUUAAAAUCAAGGAUAUGAUCUUACUUUUCAUAAUAAUAAUAUUAUUUACUUCCCUUUUCGGAUAAGAGUUUUUAGCAUACAAAGUAAGAUUUGAACAAUUAUCUAAUGGAUCCUAUCAACCAGUCGAUUCAAUUAAUGGCAUUUCAGCAUCUAUUAAUUAUGAAGGAUUAGGUAAUUCCUUUAUGGCUGCCACUAAUAUCUUUUAUAAUGAGGAAUGGCACAUAACUAUGUUAUUAUAUGGAGAGAGAAUAUGGGUAUCUCUCCUCUAUCAUAUUUUCUUUAUCUUAUUAGGAUAGAUUCUGUUUGUCAGAUUGUUAUUAGCUGUAUUUUUAAAUGAAUUUUGCACUUAACUUAAAAAGAUAGAAUAAGAAAUCAAACCUAUUAAUUUUACACAAUACUAUAAGAAUGCUGUGGGAUUUUUUGUAUCCAUCUUGAAAAAAAGAUAAAGAGCAAAAAUCCAUAGUAUUACAUAAAAUAUCAAUGCAGCUAAUUAAUAAUAGAAAGCAUAAGCAUAAAUUUUAACAUAACCAAAUGAUGCUAAGAAAAAUGGAAAACUUUCCUUGUUCUUUGAACUAAAAGGUCAAAAAGACAAUAUCAAUCCUAAUUGUGAUUUAAUAGAUUAUAAGGUGUAGACUCCAACUAAUAUUCUAUGUAUAUAUUAUUUAUUUAUAAUAUAGCUAAUAAGGAGAGCAUAAUUGAUUGCUUAAGAAAGCCAGAAGAAAAAAAAGAUGCUUCAGAUGAUCACGUUAAAGAUCACAAUAUAGAAGAUGAAAUUAAUGAGAUGGAUGACGAAUCUAAUGACAAUGAGAAUAUUAAAUCUCCAGGAUAAGGGAAUGAUCCAUCUUCGUCUAGAAAAAUGAAUCAAAACAUCAGAAAAUCAGUGCGGAGAGAAAAUUCAGAAAAAACACUGUUCAUAUUUGCUCCAGAAUCUGAUUUUAGAAUGUUAGUGACUUCCCUAGUUACGAAUAUCUAUUUUAGAAUAUUUAAUUUUGCCUUAAUUUUGCUAACUUGUAUAAGGAUUGCUUUAUUAAGUCCACUAGAAGAUCCUAAUUCAGACAUUUCUUUUAUAUUGUAGGUUGGGUAUAUAUUCUUAACUGUAUUUUACAUUUUGGUGAUUCUAUUAAAUUGCAUUGCUUUUGGAUUAUAUAAGAAUGAGUAAUCUUUCUUCAGAUAGUCAAUUUAUAAUAUCUUUUCAUUUGUGAUAACAAUUGUGGAUUUGAUAACUUUGAUCUUUGAUAUAAGUCAUCCCUUAAGCAAAUUUGUAACAUCCCUAAGAAUUUUAUAAUUUAUCCAAAUAGGAGCAGUCUUUUCUAAGAAUAUUGCCUAUGCCUAAGCAUCUUUAUUAAAUGCUUUUACUUAGAUGAUAUAAUUAACUAUCUUCUGCUUAAUAUUGCUAGCAAUAUAUGGAGUUUUGGCUCUAAAAUUGUUGAAAGGGACCUUCUACUAUUGUGAUGCUUAUGAUAGUAUUCAUAAGGACUUCAUUAUAAAGAAAGAGGAUUGUUUUGAUUAUGGGGGAUCAUGGGUAAAUUAAAUAUUAACCUUUGAUACCAUCUUUUAGAGUAUUUUGACUCUGUUCUGUACUGCCACAUCUGAAAAUUGGAUACCAUUAGUACAAUAGGCUUGGAAUGCUGUUGAUGUAGAUCAUUAGCCAAUACAGAAUUAUAAUAGGAUAUAUGCUCUAUAUUUUCAGUUAUUCUUCUUUUUAGGAAAUCUCUGCUUGUUAAACAUGUUUAUUGGUCUCAUUGUGAAUGCUUAUCAAGAAGCAAAGAUGAAGGCUUAAAACUUCCAUUUACUUGAUGAAACUCAGAGGGAAUGGUUCUAAAUAAAAAUGCAAAUUUACAACAUGUAACCAUUAGUGAAAUCCAAAAAACCAUCAAAUUGCAUCAGGAAAAUACUAUUUUAAUUGGUUAAAUAAAAAUAUUUUAAAAUAUUUUGGUUAAUCAUCAUAUUUUGUAAUACAAUAGUUUUAUCAAUGUAUUUUCAACGUUCUGAUUAAAGUGUUGGUGAUGACUACAACCAAAUAUUAGAUUCUAUAAAUAGUGUCUUUGUUUUUAUUUUUGCUUUUGAAAUUGUUUGUAGAUUCCUAGCCAAAGAUAAGAGCUUAUACUUUAAGGAUAAUUCAAACAUUUUAGAUAGUAUUGGAAUUUGGUGGGCAAUAGCAAAUUUGUUUAUUCGUAAUCAUGAGGACUAUAAUUUUCAUUUUAAAAGAAUUUCAAAUACCAUAUCCGUAGCUUUUUAAUUGUAAAGGAAUUUCAGAAUAAUAAAGUAUUAAAUAUAUAUUAAUAGAUAGGCGUUUUAAUAAUUUGGAGAAGCUAUUCUCAUCCAUUUUCUCUGUAAUUCCGAAUUCAUUGUCUAUGCUCUUUAUCAUGUUCAUAUUUUUAUUCAUUUACACAACACUCGGAAUAGAUAUGUUUGCAUUCAUAAGAACUCAGUCAAAUCUAAAUGGAUGGGAUCAACAUUUUCGCAAAUUCUCAACUGCAAUGUUCUCCCUGAUUAAGGUUGCUAGCUCAGAAAGUUGGUGGUUCAUUAUGGUUGAUACUCUGCACGAAUAAUAGCCUAAUUUUGCCUGUAAUUAUAUGUCAACCUAUGAUGAUUACUAAAAGUAUGGAUUCAAUGGAUGUGGCACUCCUUAUGCCUAUUUAUAUUUCGUCUCAUUCCAUUUGAUAUUUUCAUUGAUGAUCUUGAAUUUGCUGAUUGCCUCUGUGCUCGGAGCAUAUGAGGAGCAUGUCAAAAGUGAAGAAUCUGCAGUAAGCAAAUAUUAAUUGAAUGAUGUCUUGUCAUUGUGGCGGAAUUAUGAUCCUGAAGGGAAAGGACUAAUCAAUUAUAAGGAUUUUUGGAAGUUGUCUUCUGAAAUCGCAAUAAUAUUCGGAGUGGCCCAAGAUGAUUUAUUAGAUGUAAACAAUAAGAAGAAUUUUCUCAAAGUCUUGAACAUUCCUAUCUACGAAUCAAAGGAGUCAAAUAUGCUCUGUUAUUAAUUCCAUGAUGUCAUCCUAUCUCUGACGAAGAUAUCUGUUACACUUAAAUAUGGGGUUACAAAGUAUGUGAUAGUAUUUAAUAAUAUUAGUUUGGAACCUACGGACAAGACUGUAUAGUAAAAAUUAAGGAUUUAAUUAGGUGAUCUCUAAAGGAAAGAUGCAACUAGCAAAUUUAAACCAACGAGUUUCAAUAGUGGGGAUAUGGUGGCUAUAAUUUACAUUCAAAAGAAAUUCAGAUUGUGGAAGAAAAGAGUUUAACUUAAAAGAGAGGGUGGAGAUUAUAAGAUUAUUUAUAAUGAGAUGUCAGAUUUGAAAAAUUUAAUAAAAAAAUAAAUAGAAAUGGAAGAACAGCAAGAUUUGUAAUCCAAAGUAAAAGAAUGA